AAGGCGAGCCCAUUUCGACCAUCAUAUCGGCGUAUCCCGACGUAAUCUUGCCCGGACCUCAGCAUUAGUCCUUCCACUGACCGGCGCUGCGGUAACUUUCUACGUCGGAAUAGCCAUUGACCAUCUCCCAAGAUGGUCACAUCAAAGGCGUACGAUUACGGAGUGUUUUAUGAGGCUCUUCCUUCCCACGACAACCUGGGCAACCACGCCUCUGACUUGCCUAUGGCGAGAACCCGCCGGAAAAGGGCUUUGGUGCUGGCCAUAGCCCUCGUCACAACGAUAGUUACAUAUUAUGGGAUCGUUCGAUCGCUUGAUACAUACCCAAACCCGCAAAGUCAUCGAAAGGAGGAGCUUCGAAAAAUACCCGUUCCUCGGGCGAAACAGCUCCCGGAAACACAGUACUUUCACGAUAUUCCAAUAACAGACGAAUACUCGUGGCUUCGGUACAUAGAUACAGAUCCGGAUGUCUCAGCAUACAUCAAGGCUGAGAAUAACUACACGGAUGUGGUCCUCAACCGCUUGGAGCCGCUACAGGAUCAGAUCUCGAAGGAGAUCAAUCAAUGGGCGGCCGCGACAUCUGUAAAGUUUUCGGACCAUGGGUCCUGCAGUGGCAAACGGACGGACUCGAGCAACUUCUUUCGUUACGGAUCAUACAUAUAUUGGAGCUCAUAUCCUCAUGGCGCACGAUACCCCGUCUACUAUCGCGGCCGGCAGGACGCCGCUUCUGAAUCCUCAUGCGCGUGUGCGACUGCAUACAGCAGCGUGGAGACGGUUUUGGACUAUAACAAGAUCGUCCCGGCCGGCGCAUCGUCUUUUUCGGAAGGUGUCUUUGAACCGCAUUCACGAGAGGAGAACCUGAUUGCGUUUUCUUAUGACACUACCGGUUCGGAGAACUUCCACCUAUCCGUGGUUGACCUGGAAAACGGCGGUGCUAUCAAGGGGAAUCUUAAAAACACGUACUAUUCGGCCAGAUGGGGCACUCAAAAAGAGGAUGUGGACUGCAUCUAUUAUAAUGUGGUGGAUCUCAUUUGGGGAAUCCCGCGUAGAAUCUACCGCUAUUGCAUAGAUGAUGCGAAGGAGGAACUGGUGUAUCUGGAGCAAGACGUGUCAUUGACGACAGAGGUGCAUUCCACAAGUGAUGCGCAACAUCUGUUCGUCAAGGUAGUAGGUCAAGUGACCUCCGAACUGCGGACACUGGCGAGAAGCAAAAUCGGUGAACAUUUCGAAACGAAGCCGCUUUUCGGGCGAGUCACCGGGAUCCAUUACCAUAUCGAGUCAAAUGGUGGAUACUUCUACAUCCUCACAAAUGCUGGUGACGCUCCCAAUUUCCAAAUCGUGCGGGUGAACGCUACAUUGGCGUUGGCGGCGGACAUGACGAUUGAGGAAGCUGUUCGCGGCGGACCUUCAAGCGGCCUGGAUCUGGAAGUCGUGCUGGAACAUGAAGAGAAGGUUUUUUAUGAGAAAAUGGAGGUGUUUUCAGCCUACAUUGCCGUUUGGGUCCGGACCGGCGGAUCGCGACUCUGGAAGAUCGUCCAAGGUGAAGGGCAAGAAAUGCGAAAAUUAUGGGCGACCGACUAUCACCCGCCCUUGGGUAUGCCCACUCAAUCAGGUCCUCCUGUUCCUGUUCCUCUGCCGGGUACAUUGUUCCCCAGCACGCUGUUCGAUAUGGACGCCCGACUCCACCGCCGAUUCGACGAUAAAUGUUUCACAUACACCUUCUCGUCGUUUCUCUCGCCACCGGAAACGCUGGUUCUUGACACUGUCGCGACCGAAUUCACUUCGCUAGCUGAAACCCAGGUAGCCGGCCUCAACGAAGAUGCAUACAUACAAGAACGGGUAUGGGCGCAAUCCAAAUCAGAUCCGAACAUCCAGGUCCCCAUCUCCCUCGUCUACAACCGUUUCGCGAUCCACUCCCGCGUGCGGCCUGCAGUGGCCCGCACCAACCCAUUACUCCUCCGCGCAUAUGGCGCCUAUGGGUCCCUCAUAGACCCAACAUUCGACACCUCCAUCCUGCCUCUCCUAGAUCGCGGAAUCGUCUUUGCAAUAUGUCAUCCGCGCGGUGACGCAAACUUGGGCGCGGCGUGGUACACAGAUGGGAAAUACGAGAAGAAGCAGCACACGUUUGACGACGUUGCGACGUGUUUGAGUGGGCUGGUGGAGCAGGGGUGGACGGCCCAGGGACGGGUGGCGCUUUUUGGGAGGAGCGCUGGUGGGUUGAUUACGGGACAUGCUGUUAAUGAGCUGGGGUGGACGGCCGGGGCAGAUAGGGCAAAUCAGAAGGAGAAUGCAAUAGUCAAGCUGGUCGUUACGCAAGUUCCGUUCGUUGAUCCAAUAGGCGACAUGACCGACGAAACCGUCCCCUGGACAAGCUUCGAGUUCUUCGAAUGGGGCAACCCCAUCACCAACAAAACCAUCUUCGACGCCAUGCUCGCAUACUCCCCCUACGGGAACAUCCUCCAAAAAAAAAACACUCCCCAAGUACGGCAGUAUCCAGAACUCUUCAUAACAGCGGGUCUACAGGACUCCCGCGUCCGGUUUUGGGAGCCGGUGAAGUGGAUCGCGCGGCUUAGAAGGGUGUAUGAGGAAGAUCGGCAGCAUCGGCUCUUGAUAAAAGUGCGGGAGAAUGGCCAUUUUGGGGAUUCAGGGACAAGGGAGACGGCGGAGUGGAUGGCAGUUGUGGUUGAUUCGUUGAUCGGUUCCUGAACUCCUUUUUUUGGGAAGAGCCCGCGUGUAUAUAACAAGUUGCGAAAUACGAUCUUAUGAUCAGAAUAGUUCUACAUGAAAUGAGGAAGUUCACACAACAGAGCAAGGUAACUCGGGAAUGAGGGGCGGAGAGA